AUGCCUGUUUAUCUGUUUCCUUUUACCAACACUAUUUUCUUUUCCAGAAGGAAUGCAGGUUAUAUUGAAACACAAAAUCUUACACGUGUCUCAGAAUUCCAUCUCUUGGGAUUCUCGGAGGAUCCAGACCUACAGCUCCUCAUUUUCGUGCUGUUCCUGUUCAUGUACCUGGUCACAGUGCUUGGGAAUCUGCUCAUCAUCCUGGCUGUCACCUCAGACUCCCACCUCCACUCCCCCAUGUACUACUUUCUCUGCAACCUGUCCUUGGCUGAUGUGGGUCUCACCUCCACCACGGUUCCCCAGGUGAUUGUGGACAUCCACACUCACAGCAUAGCCAUCUCCUAUGUGGGCUGCCUGACACAGAUGUCUUUCUCCAUCACCUUUGGAUGCAUGGAUGAUUUGAUUCUGACAGUGAUGGCCUAUGACAGGUUUGUUGCCAUCUGCCAUCCUCUUCAUUACCAGGUCAACAUGAACCCCCAACGCUGCGGUUUCUUAGUUUCAGUGUCGGUUGUGGCCAGCCUUUUGGAUUCCCUGCUGCACAGUUUGAUGGUCUUGCAAGUUACCUGCUUCAAGGAUGUUGAAAUUUCCAGUUUCUUCUGUGACCCUUCUCAGCUUCUCAACCUCACCUGCCUUGACACGAUCACCCAUGACAUAUUCAUAUGUUUUGUUGGUGUCGUAUAUGCUUUUCUCCCUAUGUCAGCACUCUUCUUCUCUUAUUAUAAAAUCGUUUCCUCCAUUCUGAGGGUCCCAUCACCAGGUGGGAAGUACAAAGCCUUCUCCACCUGUGGCUCUCAUCUGACAGUUGUUUGCUUAUUUUAUGGAACAGCUAUUGGGGUGUAUCUUAGUUCAGCAGCCUCACUUUCUCCAAAGACGUGUGCAGUGGCCUCGAUGGUGUACAGUGUGGUCACCCCCAUGCUCAACCCCUUUAUCUACAGCCUGAAGAACAGGGACAUCAAGAGGGCCAUAUGGAGGCUCCUCAGCAACACAGUCUCUGUGCCGUGCAUUUGGAGUACUGGUUGGAAAAGCAGCAAAGCUUAGUUCUAGAACUACACAUCUCACCUCCCUCAUUCCAUGGUA